AUGGAUGUUCAAGAGAAAUUGCCCAAAGAUGAUCCAGAGUAUGAUUUGCCUCAUGCGACUGAACUGAAGCUGGCUUACCCGUAUACCAUUUUCCACAAAUAUGAGAAAGUGCAAUUAGUCAUUAUCCUUGGUCUUGUUGGGUUUUGGAGUACAGUUAGUUCGCCAAUUUAUUUCCCAGCAUUACCGACAUUAACCUCCUACUUUCAUACAACAGAGGACAUUUUGAACAUUUCAGUCGUGUGCUACUUAUUGCUUCAGGGGAUAACUCCAACCAUAUCGUCAAAUUUAGCAGACACUUUUGGAAGAAGACCCGUCAUAUUAGCUAGCAUUUUGGUGUUUAUUGCUGCAUGCAUUGCUAUUUCGCAGACAAAUGUUUAUUGGCUACUAGCGGUGCUAAGAUGCGUUCAAGCAGCGGGGAUAGCACCCGUGAUUGCCAUAAGUUCUGGUGUCUCUGGUGAUGUUUGCACACCGGAAAACCGUGGUGGUAUGGUUGGUACAGUGUCGGGAUUGCAGUUAUUGGGAAACGGCCUUGGAGGAUUGAUUGGUGCCGCUUUGAUUAGUGGGUUCAAUACAUGGAGGUCGAUUUUUGUAUUUUUGGCAAUCGGUGGAGGUGUCACUUUUGUACUAGCGUUCUUCAUACUUGCAGAGACUUCAAGACGUAUUGUGGGCAAUGGAACGGUUAUGCCAAAGAACCCUGUACAUAAGUCAAUGACAAUUUAUCUACCUUCGUUCCAAAGGAAAGUGACCAAUGAUUAUCCUACGAUAGCCAGCAAGGAGCCGUUUGAUAUUUUAGGACCAUUCCGCAUAUUCAUUGAAAAGGAAGUAUUUUUAACACUAUUACCCUCAGGCUUACAUUUUGCAUCUUGGACAAUGGUAUUGACAUCACUUUCAACAGAGCUUGAGUCAUCGUCAAAAUACAAUUAUAGUGUAUUACACGUCGGUCUCAUUUACCUACCGCAGGGUAUUGCUUGCCUUGUUGGUUCCUUGUCUGUGGGCAGGUUCAUGAACUGGUAUUACCGAAAACGCAAGGCUGCAUAUGACAAGCAAGUGGAGGAUCUCCCACUUGAUCAAAGACCCCCUUUCAAUCAAGUCGCAACAAGACUAACUCUAUGCGUGGCCCCCGCUGCGUUAAUGAUUAUAGGGUUAGUUAUCUUUGGAUGGUGCAUCCAAUAUAACAAGCACAUUAUUUCAAUAAUCAUUUCCACCGUGCUAAUUGCAUUUUCGUCAUCAGUGUUCAUUUCCAUUUGUACUACAUUGUUGGUGGACUUGCAUCCUGGUCGUGGUAGUGCUUCCACCAGUUGCUUGAAUUUGAUGAGGUGUUGGCUAGCUGCUUUGGGCGUGGGGGUGUUGGACAGAAUGAUUGCUGCCAUGGGCCUAGGAGGCACGUAUACUCUAGUGGCUGGUUUCUGCCUCAUGUUUGAUUUGUGCUUGAUAUACGUUCUUUACUCAGUCAGUAAAAGAAUCAAACUGGGCCAAUCCAAGGGUCAGAUAUAG